AUGGCUUCCUCACAAGAUCAAGGAACCCAGAUGCCCAGGCUAACAGAGAACAAGACGGUCUCAGCUUCUGCCCGAGGUAGGUAUACCCCUGGUAAAGCCGGGAAUGCCGCUAGAGAGCUAACACCAAGUCAUCUAGGUCGUAAAUGGAGCGAUAACGAAGAAGCAUGGCUGGUCGUAAACUCCAUGAAAGACAUCACAGUACCAUGGCUCUAUGCAAACUUCCCCUACCCAGGCCGUAGCCAAAAUAGCAUCACAGGCCAUCUGGCAGACAUGCGCCUUCAUAACCGUCUAUCUCGUAAAUGGCGACACAAGACCUGGGACAAUGAGCCGCCAUAUUCCCUUCGUGAAGACAUCGAGAUCAUGCAAUGGCACCGUGCUGGAGGCAGCAUCAUCGCUAGAGCAAACUACCUUUGCAGGGACGAGGAACUAGUCGAAAAAGUAAGGGAGGCUGAAGAAGCCGCUCGUGAUGCGCUGGAUGCCAGAGACGAAGCAUGGUAUGAUGCAAAGGAGGAGAUUCCUGAAGAAUCCGUUGACCCCAGCGCCUUGAGGAUGAUGAAUCGGAUUCUCUUCCGGACAGAGAGCGAUACCAUUGUUAAGAUAUGUGAUGCCAUAUCUAAAUCUCUUGCGAAUAGAGAUGAUUUCUCGUUAUCAUCCUCCGAGAAAGAGGAAGGAGAGAUUGACGCCGAAAAUGAGGAUGCCAAUGACGAGGAUGCUGAUUAUGAGGAUGCUGAGGACGGGGAUGCUGGGGAUGAGGCAUGA